AUGUCUGACCGGAUCGUCUAUAUUUACUCACACCUGUGCUCUGUUCCCUGGCUGGGCAGUGCAGCAGCAGCUGUGGCUCCCAUUUCUCCUCCUAAAUCUGGUCACUACUAUGUCCUCAACCGAGGGUGUGGAGAAACGCAGUUGGGCCGGCAUGGGGAGACAUACUGCCGGGUUGGUGGCUACCAGGCCUACGGGGAUGCUCCUUUGGCCAUGCCAGCAAAGGCGGAAGCCGAGAAGCCAGUCCCCAGAUGUGCUCCCGAGAGAAAGCAAGCUCCGGAAGAGUCGGACGAAGAUCUCGGUUGCUCCAGACCCAAAAUCCGGCGAUUGUAGCAUGGUGCCAGGAGGCGGACUCCACAGAAUCUUGCUGGCUGAACCAUUCUGAAGACAGGGCAAUGGUUUAACUGCCUAAGACAGCGAAUGCCUCUUCCUGCAGUGACCCCUCCCGCCCCCCCCCCACUGCCCACUACCACAGAUUAGAACCUGCGUCGUUCUGUCUGAGCCUUCCUCAGCCAGGAGCCUCCCUGCACACUAAAUGGCCAUAAGCCAGGAGCCUCAGAAAGUGAGGUUUGAAAUGAGAGCCUGCCCUGAACAUCCCAGGGCGGAAGCUGGCCUGGAAGAAAACCUGGCAUUCCUCUGCUCAAUCCUCACGGGCCCCUUUGUGAGC